CUUCCGCCCCGUUCUCCUCUCCUCUCCCUGCUGCUGCUGCUGCUUCUCCUCCUUCUCCUUCUCUCUCCCCUGUAGCGAAUUAGAGAUUUCGUGGCUUAAUUGAGGAAUCCAAGUGUUUCUGCCUAAUUCCAACCUUCCCCGCCCCCCCCCGCCCCGCGCGCCUCGCUUCUCGUGCUAUCCCCGGCAAGGCGAGCACUUCAGCCCCGCACCCCGCAUCCGUUCAAUGAAGCAGCACAGAUCCACGGCGGCUCCAAGUGGGUUUUUGCAGGACGAGAAGGAGGAGGAGGUGGCGGCGGCGGCGGCGGUGGAGGAGGAAAGGAGCUGGCGGCGGCGGCGGCAGCAGCAGCAGCAGGAGGAGGAGGAGGAGGCAUCUUUGCAAGGAAGCCUUUCGGGUCUAGCUCGGCUUCUGGGGAUUUAAGUGUCACUCAAAGCAUCCCCAAAUCAGCUCGCUGCUCCUCUGCGCUUUCUUCGCGGGCAUCGAUUCGAGCCCUGAGCGGUGCAUUUCGGCAAUUUCCUACCAGGGAAGGAAAUUUGCUCCAUCUCCAGCAGCAACCACUGCUCCUUUUGAUGUUGUGGUACGCCGUGCGCAUGCGCUCCACAUUAGAAUUACUGCACUGGCUAGAAUAAGUUGGAUCUCUUCUUCUCUUCCACUGAAGCCCUAAAUCAUAUCAAAAGCUAAAGGGAUGCUGAGAGUCCGGGAAAAGGGUUGCUUUGGAAUUUGGUCGUUGCCCUUAAUCAUAACAGUGGUGUGUGCACAGAGUGCUAAUGAUCCCAGCAAUAUGUCCCUGGUAAAAGAGACCGUGGAUAGACUGCUGAAAGGCUACGACAUUCGGCUGAGGCCAGAUUUCGGAGGUCCCCCUGUGGCUGUUGGCAUGAACAUAGACAUUGCCAGCAUAGACAUGGUGUCAGAAGUCAAUAUGGACUAUACCUUGACAAUGUACUUUCAGCAAGCAUGGAGGGAUAAGAGGCUUUCGUAUAAUGUAAUACCUUUAAAUCUUACACUGGACAAUAGAGUAGCAGAUCAGCUUUGGGUUCCUGAUACCUACUUCCUGAAUGAUAAGAAGUCAUUUGUGCAUGGUGUCACUGUGAAGAACAGAAUGAUUCGAUUACAUCCUGAUGGGACAGUUCUCUAUGGUCUCAGAAUUACAACAACAGCUGCAUGUAUGAUGGAUCUACGAAGAUACCCCCUGGAUGAACAAAACUGCACACUGGAGAUAGAGAGCUAUGGCUACACAACAGAUGAUAUUGAAUUUUACUGGCGUGGGGGUGAUAAUGCAGUUACAGGAGUGCGAAAGAUUGAACUGCCGCAAUUCUCCAUUGUGGACUAUGAACUUAUCACCAAGAAAGUUGCUUUCUCGACAGGUUCCUAUCCAAGGCUGUCGCUCAGUUUCAAACUCAAGAGAAACAUUGGCUACUUCAUACUUCAGACCUAUAUGCCUUCCAUUCUGAUCACUAUUCUCUCCUGGGUUUCAUUCUGGAUCAAUUAUGAUGCUUCAGCUGCCAGAGUGGCUUUAGGAAUCACCACGGUGCUGACAAUGACAACCAUCAACACUCAUCUCAGAGAAACUCUGCCCAAAAUCCCCUACGUGAAAGCCAUUGACAUGUAUCUGAUGGGAUGCUUUGUCUUCGUGUUCAUGGCGCUACUGGAGUAUGCAUUAGUCAACUACAUCUUCUUUGGCAGGGGACCACAACGCCAGAAGAAAGCAGCUGAAAAAGCUGCCAGUGCUAACAAUGAGAAAUUACGAAUGGAUGUCAAUAAGAUCUUUUAUAAAGAUAUAAAACAAAAUGGGACCGAAUUGCGAUCCCUGGAUCCCACUGGAAAUCUCUCCCCAUCUAGAUGGACUGCCAGUUACGAUUACUCUCUUAAUACGGACAGAAGAAUAAUUGGCACAUAUCAUUGUCCAGAAAUGUAUUCAACAAAGAUGGAUCCACAUGAAAACAUUUUGUUGAGCACGCUUGAAAUAAAAAAUGAGAUGGCUGCCUCUGAAGCUGUUAUAGGCCUUGGGGACCCCAGAAGCACUAUGCUGGCCUAUGAUACCUCAAGUAUUCAGUACCGGAAGGCUGGCUUACCAAGACACAGCUUUGGCCGCAAUGCGCUGGAACGGCACGUGGCACAAAAGAAAAGCCGGCUAAGGAGACGUGCUUCUCAGUUGAAAAUUACCAUCCCUGACUUGACUGAUGUAAAUGCCAUAGAUCGAUGGUCACGCAUAUUCUUCCCUGUUGUUUUCUCCUUCUUCAAUAUUGUCUAUUGGCUUUACUAUGUGAACUAAAACAAAAUAAAGCCACACAGCUAUCAAGAACUGGAUUUCUCUUCAAAAUCGGUUGUACAGCCAAAUGUGGGACUUAGGGAAAACAAACAAAAAACCUAUUCAGGACAAAAAGUUAUUUUAAAACACCUUAGUUGCUGGCCCACUCUAUAAUCUGUUUUGUAAUGUUUGGGUUUUCUUUGCAAAAUUGUGAAAUAUUUAAGUUACAGUACAAAUGUAUACAACAUGACCUAUAAAUAUAUAAUAGCAUUUGAUAUUUGGAGGCAGAAUUUGAAACUUCCUCAUUCUGUUGUUUCCACCCUCCUUUUAGCACUCAUAAGUUUAAGCACAGAAAGAGGAAGCAAGAAAAUAGGUUUGAGUUCAAAGAGCAAUGUAUCUCAUGCCUCUCUUCACAUCUGGAGCAUACACAACAUUACCUGGAUGGAGAGAAGUGUUAUAGUUGCAAUCCAAACCAUCUUCCUGCGUUACCUGUCAAAUGCAUUAACUUGAAAUUAAGUAGUGCCUACCGUCAUACCAUGCGAAUGAGUAUCAGAGGUUUCCCAAAUAGAUGAUGUUACUGAUGUAGAGAAGGGAAGUUUUGGGUGAGUGAGGAGUUUUCAUGAAACUUGAAAGCAUUUCAUUUGAAAGAUAAAUUGCAAAGAGUUAAUGCAGCACAGUGGUUACCGUGCUGUGUGACAAUGACCCUUAGAGUUGUUUGAGAGAUUCCCAACUAUGUUCUACAGUGUGCCAUGAAGCAUAAUGUCUAGAAGCAUUCUAAGUGUAAAGUGCCAAAUGUAAAUGGGCCAGCAAGUGACUUCAUAGGUGGCUUUCUCUCGGUGCUCAGUCCUUCCCUGUGGAAGAGAGAAAACAGUGGCAAAUGUUUCCAAAUGUAAGGGACAGGUAAAGACUAUACAAAUAAUUGGUGUCAGUUUGCUUGUUAGUAUAAACCUCUCAUAUGGAUUCUCAGUCGCUGUUUUGAUUUGUAUCUCAUUUCCACAUCAAAUAGAUGGAAUAGAAUCAUGUCUGCUGUUUAGACAAUAUAUAUUUUAAAAGACAGACAGCUUAUAAACUUAUAAGAGUUGGGUUGUUUUCCUCACCCAGUUCCAUUGGAUUCAGUUUGAGAAGUGUUUCUUUUUAGAUGCAAUACUUAACUUAAGGGAGUACUGGGGGGGUUGUUUAUUUUAAAUAGCUGGAUUCUCCAGCAUCUUCUGGUGGAAGAAGCUGAAAUAUUUUUCUCAAAAUCAUGAACUAUGGAAAUGCCCCCAUUUUUCUUCAAGUAAUUCAUACUAUUAUAUGGUCCCCGUUCCUGAAACAGUGGGACAAAAUAAAGGCAAAAAGUUAAAUCCAAGUAUUGUUGAAUCUUCCAGUCAGUUCUGCAGAGUUUAUUUAUUUAUUGGUGUAUCUUCUCCACCUGACUUUUUAGUAGCACUAACUAUGAGUGUUUGAGCAUUUCCUCUGUAAAGAAUUUUAAAAUUGGGGUAACUGAGCACCCAGUGUUCAUACAUGAUUGUUGAGAAUUUCGAACAUCAUGAUGUAUUUGUAAAAAAUACUGAUCACGUGACUCAUGUUUUUCCAUGUGCAUUGGGGCUGAGUACACUUCACAAGUCAGGGCAUCAUCUGCCUUUUGAUGUCAUCCACAACUGGACUAGUCAUGUUUUAAACAACCCUUGCUUAGGACAUCUUUUGUGACAGCUGAGCUAUGCUGUAUUCAUGGUUUCUUCUGAUUUUCAUUUUCUUUGUACAAACACCCAUUAUUAUUUUAAGAAAUGAAGUUUAAGGAGUGUGAAAAAUAUUGGCCUUGUAAUUAAUGCACGGGAUUUAUAGGCCUUCAAAGAAAAUACCUUUUUUUCUCACAUUGGUUCAACAGGUCAGCUAUAAUAAAAACUACAAAAUCAGCUCCUAGUACUGCACUUUAAGAUAUCUGGAAGUUUAUAGUACAAGCCAUAAUAUUAUCUGACCUUGCCAAUGAGAGGAUGAAAUUCUACCCACAGGGAUAACAAAGCAAGUAAACAAUCACCUCCAUGAGGUCCUUUUUGUUAUUAAGGAAAAGAUGCUUCCAGGAAUAGACAGACUACCCUGUUUCUGAGCUAAUUAAUUCUAAAUACUGUGUACAGGUGUACAGACUAGAUUGAGCUUUUAAAAAGUGGGGGACCAUAAUAUCGUUGCAUAAAGCAAACUUAAAUACAUGGUUACCUUUGAAUUGAGCUAAAAUAUACUCUCUCACAGUUUUGUUUGGUCUAUAUUUCCACAUAAUAAUCACUCCAUCUUUUCAGGUUUCAGGAUGCAUACUAGCCAGCAAUUAAGGUGUUUUCUCUUCAUCUUUGUGAAAUUUAUGGCAAAAUUACUAUAUAAUACGGCACAGUUUUAACAAUAUCUUUGCAAUCAAUGCUCUGUAAAUAUGUUCUGUAUAUGACUGCUAGUAAGUCUAAUAUGCAUUUUCCAAACUAAAAGAAUCAUGCAGCAUAUUUGUGUUUGCCUAAGGAAUGUUAUGUUUCUAUAUUAUUGCAGUUUUAAUGACUGGGAAGAAAGAACCAAGCAAUGUCAUUCUGAACAUUUUCUGUUAUCAUCCCCAGGGGGAAACAAAAGUCUUGAAUAAUAGCACUGAAGGAAACAUCUGAGAAUUUUUAUAUUCUAAUAUGGGGGUGGGAUGGGACUUAGAAUCUGCCAGACACAAAAGCACAAUGCAUAGAGAACAUGAGAGUAAGUGCAUAUAUAGAUAGAUAUACAGUAUAGAUAUAUCUGGGGAACAAAUCCCAUUUAAGUUAAGGUAAUAUGUACAUUAACAGUGCAACUGAAGUAAUGUUUUUUUUAAAAAAAACAAAAAGCAAACCUGAAACUGUGUUCCAAAUUUCAUAGUUAGCAAAGUUAAUGUAAGCAAACGGAAAAAAACACUAAACAUUAUCCAAGCAAACAACGAAUAUAUAGACAUGUAUGCCAAUAUGUGUAUAUAUAUUCGUCUGUGUGUGUGCGUGUAAUAUACGUGAUAUAUGCACACAGACAUCCUAAUCCAGUGAGAGCGACCCACAUGGAAAUGGGUUUCUGCCCACAGAUCUGCUUUAUUGAGGUGCAGGAAGGUUGCCAAAAGGAAUUUGGGGGGCAGGGAGGUGAAAUUCCAAGAUCUAUCAAACUGUUUGUAACCCCAGCAGAGUUGUGGGAUCGUGGUUUCUCCCAUUAUAUCACAUCCGCACAGUGAGAAGGAAACAGGAAUGAGGAGUAAGCCAAAGGUCACAUGGACUCUGUCUUGAUGCUCUUGCCCCCCACUUAAGAGAUGAUCUGUACUGAAGGGGGUGAGAUGCUUAUACUGCCAGUCAGUUAUGGGAAAGGAGAAGAGGGCUCACAGAGUCAAAAGCAAGCACUGCCUGCUAUUGCCUUCCUGGUGGAUGAUCCGGGCUGAGACUAAGACGGUGCUGCUGAGCCCUAUCUUUUCUUUUCUUUUCUUUUUUUCUUUCUUUCUUUCUUUCUUUCUUUCUUUCUUUCUUUUUUGGUAUGCAGGCAGGCAUCCUCCCUCCUGUAGCUCUUGUGGUUGUCUGGAUUUGGGCUAGACUCUUACAUAGGUGUUUUAAAGGAAUAAGCUAAUAACAGUUUUCUUUCUAUAUUCAAAUGAUAUGUGAAUAUUUUUUUGAGAAAGCAAAUUAUUAAUGUAAUUAAAAUCUUACUAUACAGGGUAACUGGGCAUUUCUAUAUCAGCAGAUCAAUGCAUAUAAUUCUUACGAAGCAUUUCACAGUUUGACAUUAUGAUAGUACUGUACCUCCUAGCAUCUCAAAGUAGACUAGCUCUCACAUUGCUUGCCUGUUUCUUCUCUUUUUUAAAAAUAAAAACAUUGUCCACUAGUAACUUAAAAAAAAAAGUCCUAAUACCUAGAAGGAGCGGAAAAAAUACGAAAUAUUUAUAUGGAAAAAAGCGAAAAGGAAGGCCAGGGUACAAUACUUUUAAAGUAGUGGUCAUAACAUUUUGCUAUCUGUACAUAGAACAUACAAAGUGAGCAAUCAUAAUUAAAACCGAACAUGUGUAAAUAUUAUCAGAUUUCUUAACAUUUUUAACUUCUAAUUUGUACUUAAUGUAAGGCAAAAAGCUGAUUCUAUUUAUGGUUUAGGUUAGUGUCCUAAAAUCAUGUAAAUAUUUAAAUAAGCUGUAAAUGAGCAGUCAAUAGAAACAGUAAUUGUUCAGUGAUUUUUUUAAAAAAACCAAGUACAAUAUUUGCAGUUCUCUAGCAGAAUAAUUUAAACACCCUUUUGCAUAAGACUUGGAUUCCGGAAAAGAAUUUUAACACACAAAUCUGUGGGAAGUGCAACUUUAUAACAGUCAAUGCACAGACCAUUAGCUGGAUCAUUGACACAAUGCAGAGAGAAAUCAAGCGACUGAGACUUUUCAGUUAGCACCCCAUCCAGUGGCCCUGAUGUACAUGUGUGCAUGCCCUAUUUGCAUUAGCAUCUCGUAAAUACCUGCACAUAUUGAGUGAUUGAUAUUUCAGCUUUCUCAACACUAAAGAGACUGGGCAGUAACUGCUGGCGCAGUGCUCCUUCUAAGAUUGGAGAUCCAUAGCGGAAUUUUGUAGACACGGCAACAGAAAGACGUGCUUUGAUGUUCACGUGCACUAAAGCUAUGAUCUUGAGAGAAAAGGGCUGGUGCAACUCCAUUUUAAUGGGCAGCUCUGAGUUAACCCUUGGGCUAAUCAGCAUGCUAUAAGGUAGAUCCUAGGCAACAUGAGGUCAUGUAGUUGAAUGAGCAUACCUAUGGGUAGAGAGGGGAGACCUGACCUGUGUGUUAUAAUGGGCUCCUUUAAAAAUUCUCUACCUUUUGGAACAUAGUGGCUUUUUGCCAUCAUGACAGAGGAGCAAAGCUCAUGUUUCCAGUUAUGGGAGAAUUAAAAGGUGAGCGGUCUGCACAAUGGGCAAUGCAGAUGGACAGUGCAUGCUAUAGUACGUGGGCUUAGAACAGAAGAACUGUGCCUGUGUGAUCGUCCUCUACCAAUGAGUUUACCAUGGGCCUGGUGCCUCUGUACCAAACACCAAAGCAGGGUCAUGCACAUUUAGAGUUCCAUGUGCAUAUCAGAACCCCACAUGCUCUUUGCGUCAUUCCCCUUGAGUAUAAAUGAAGGUCAGGCCUCUAGACAUUGUUUCAUGAAGGUAAAUGUCUUCAGAAAGGCAUAUUUGUCAGUGUAUAGUAGUCUCUUCCUUACCAACCUAGCCCUACUCCAGCCCCCCCAUGCCAAAGAAUCUUUACUUUAGAAAUUUAUUUAAAGGGAACACUAUCAAGACACUGCUUAACACCAAAGGUAAAGUUUAACAAAAUGCACUAGGAAACAUUUGUCUGAAUUUUUGAGGAAUAAAUGGAAUGUUAAUUAAUCACUACCAUAUUUUAGCUUAUACAGAUAGCAUCUCUAUCCAUUUUAAUUAAUUGAUACAUUGGAAUUCAUUAUCUUUGCAGGUUAUAUACAAGACAUACCUUAUGUGUCAAAUUAUUUCUGUAAGUGCUCUGAUGAUGAAUUUGUUAUUACUAUGAUUUUGAAAUGGCGGCAACCUUAGCUGCAGUUCGAUAUUAGUUGGAGAGUCCGUUUAAAUUAUUUUCUUAAGGCUUCACACAUCUCUAAAAGUUAUCUAAUUCAAGUUUAUCAGCAUUUUAUAUGUUGUCAUUGUUAAUGCCAUUUAUAGAAAAUUUCACCCGAAAAUAUAUUUAAGGUUCAUUGUACAGUUUGAGUUAGUUAACAUGGGCAUUUAAAACAUCCAAAAAUUCUAUCAAGUUGACUAUGUUUUGAGUUUUCACAUUUUAAUUUGCAUGGGUGUUUAAAUGGUUCUGUUAGUACUGUCUUUGCACCGUUCUUCUUUCUCUCUCUCUCUCUCUCUCUCUCUCUCUCUCUCUCUUUUUUUUUUACUUAGUACUAUUUACUUCAUAAUGUAGUAAUCAUCAGCCUUACUAAUGACCUUGUAGCCUUUCUAAUAUGCACAUAAUGCACAUUUUCCAAUGGCUAGAAAAUGCAAAAUACUAGUGGAUAUCAUUGCAUCAGAUUUUCAUGUUUUUCUCAAAAGGACUGCUAACCUCUGGGAUCAUGGAGGUAGUCAAAUGAUGAUUGUAAAUUGAGUAGCACAUAAGAGAUAUUUUCUUGAAUCUAAACUUACUACAGCCAGUUUCAGCAUGUAAAUAUAUAAUAAUGUUGGCUAGUGUGUAAUUCUUAAACUAAAAAAAUAUAAAUAAAGAAAAUGUAAAAGAA